ACACACGCACACACAUACACACAACGCACACACACACACAACGCACACGGACACACAACGCACACGGACACAACGCUCUGCAAAGCAACAGGAAAAAGCAAGUUGCGGAUUCUCAAAACAAAUGACACACACAGCAGAGUAUAUUAUUUAUAUGUAAAGCGCAUCUGAAGCCACUUCCCUGGUCUCUCUCUCUCUCUCUCUCUCUGCCCCUCUCUCGCACUCGCACUGAAUUGGGUCGAAUUGCUUUGAUUUAUUAAUCUCCUCUGGCUUUUUAAACCUCGUCCCAACAUCUUGAGACAAAAGAUUUUUUUGCAAGAAUGACGGAGAAGAAAGAGCCGGACACUGCCGGUCCCCAACAGCCUGAAAGUUCUCCGCUGCAGCAACUGAAGACCGUUUUUCAGAAGAAGAAGGAAAAGGAGGCGAGCACAGAGGAGAUUCUGCCACCGCAGCCCAACGGGGAGAUUGUGAACACGGCGGGUGGGGUCGUGUACUACUACUACGAGGAGGAAGAGGACGAGGAGAAGGAGGAAGAGCCUCCCCCUGAGCUCCCCAAACCCUUCAACGACAAACCCCACAAGUUCAAGGAUCAUUUCUUCAAGAAACCCAAAUUCUGUGACGUCUGCGCCAGGAUGAUUGUCCUCAACAACAAGUUCGGUUUGAGGUGCAAAAACUGCAAGACCAACAUUCACGAGCACUGCCAGUCGUACGUGGAGUUCCAGAAAUGCUUCGGCAAGAUCCCUCCCGGGUUCCGUCGAGCUUACAGUUCUCCGCUCUACAGCAACCAGCAGUUCGCCUGCAUCAAGGAGAUCCUCCCUUUCUCCAUCGCCAACCACUCCGACCCCGUUUACGAGACCCUGAGGACGGGCGUCGUCAUGGCGAACCGCGAGAGGAAGAAAGACGACAAGAAGAACCCUAUGCAGAUGGUGGAUGAGGAACUGGAUUUGCCCAAACCUGGAGAGGAGCACAUGCAAGGAGGUGGAGAGGCGACAGAGAAGAAAGGAGAUAUGAACAGCCCGGAUGAUGCCAAGAACAAGAAGCCGCAGCCGGGAAUGCGUGGGGGCUUUUUACAGACGCACUAUUUUGUCGCCUUGUACAGAUACAAAGCAACGGAGAAAGACGAUGUGGAUUUCCACGCGGGGGACAGAGUGACCGUGACCGACGACUCCAACGAGGAAUGGUGGAAAGGCCGGUCAGGGGAGAAGGCUGGCUAUUUCCCGGCCAAUUAUAUCAUCAGAGUGAGGGCCGGGGAGCGAGUCCACAAAGUCACUCGCUCCUUCGUGGGCAACAAAGAGAUGGGGCAGAUCACGCUGAAGAAAGAUCAGAUUGUGGUGCAGAAAGGGGAAGAGGUCAACGGCUACAUCAAGGUGUUCACUGGAAGGAAAGUGGGAAUGUUCCCCUCGGACCUCCUGGAGGAGAUCUGACCCCAAACAAGGGGCCAGAAGAGCCUUGAGGGGAGUACGAGACUUGCUACCUCCAGUCGCUGAGGAACAUCUGACAGUUUCCCACUUACUACACUAUUGCAAAGGAAAGUGCUUCCCUGCCUGGCAGAGUGGAUUGAGGGUUGAGGAGGGGGUGGGAGUGGGGGUGGGAGGGGUGGAAGCCUGAACAUUUUCCGAGAUAAACUCUCCCUCUCCCUCCCUUCCCCCCCACCUCGCGCCCCCAAUAAAAUGGAGGACUAUU